AUGACGGAAAGUACAUCCCAGGCUAAUAUGAUGUUCGAUUUCGCUGCAAUCCGGGCUCAGGCACGCCCCUCAACAACAGUUGAUCGUUCCGCCAUCAAUGCGGAUAGUAAGUGGAUAGCGAAGAGAGAGAGUCGCCCAUCCUGUCGCGCGCCCUCACCGAAAGUCAUCACUGGCCCCCCAAAGACCCUUUAUCUUCCUCGCUUGUGCAAUACCGACGAUAUCGCAUCCGUCUUGAUUGUCAGACGAGAAUCGCCAUGGGAUACCUAUCACCCAGUGGUCACCUACGACGGCGCAGGGAAAGUUACCAUCGCCACUCGCUGCUCCCGUCCCUCUCGCAUGGUUGCCAUCCGGAAGUAUCCCAAACAGGAUACGCGGCGGCUAAUCGGACGAUUUGGGCGGCUUCAACACAGAAAUGUGCUUUCUUUGUUGGAGUGUUACCUCGAUGUUGAUUUCGCGUAUUUUCUGGUGGACGAUCUGGCGUUAACCCUCGGCCAUCUCAUAGCCUGCCCGACAAUUCGUCCUGCGGAGUUCGAGCUCGGAUGUAUUAUGGUUCAAGUUCUCAACGGUGUAUCCUACCUCAGCACCUUUGGUCUGACUCAUCCAUCCUUGACAUGUCAUGAUAUACUGUUUGGACUGGAUGGAGUGGUAAAGAUCGCACGCCUAGAAUGGUGUGUAGAUUGUACCGCGGCCCAGGCGGAGGCAACUUAUAUUGCAGCAAUACCAUCUAUUGUGAUGCAGCUCAUGAUUCGAGAUGACAAGGAUGUAGCUACGAACGACAUGCUGAGUGGCUCGCCCAUCAAAUCCAACAUCGUUCAAUUUCUGAAUGCCGCCAAGGGAGAACCAUCCCUCUUUGUUUUAAAACAACAACCACUUGUCGCAGAGAGGCACCAUUCCAUUAGCGACCUCAUGAGCCUCGCCAGAGCGACAUUGCAUUUGAGUGAGAUCAGAAAUGAGAAUUGA